UUUGGGGGAACACAAUUCAACCCAUUGUACUUCCCCUCCAGGAUGCUAUCUCAGGGAACCCCAUAGCUGUUGGGUCACUUCAGGUUAUAAUAGAAUAGGCCCCCCUCAGUUGCCAACUGUCUGUGAACAUCUUACUCUCAUGUCCAGUUUCCAGCUUCUCCCUCCCCCGUGUGGAGCCAGAGGUCUGGGACCUCCCCAUGGGAAGGGCACGUGAUCUGUUCUGUCUCUGCUCCUCAAUUCUUCCUUCUCACUGGAUUCCCUCCUUUCUCCUCCAGGGUCAGGGUAUGAGGAGGGGAGAGUAGAAGAAAAAAUAGCUCAAAUUUUCCCCUGCUUGGUGUUAUUUGUCGCUCUCACCUGCCUAGUGCUGGCUGCCCUCCACUCCGCAGGAGGCCACGUGAUGGCCCUUUGUCGGGGUGCCCAGCCUGGGACACCAGCAGUGGCUCUCUGAAGACCUCCAUGCUCUUGGCUCAGUGGUCCUGCCCCUCAGGACCGGCUCUCUUCACCCUGCCAGCAGCCUGCUUCAUCAGCGUCCCUGCAGUAGGGCUCAAGCCCACUUAGCUUCCCCACCAUCCACUUGGCUCCCCCGGGAACCCGCCCAUCCUUGAUCCAGCAAACGCAGGCCGUGCAGGUGACUUCCGCCCCUGCGCCCUCCCCUCCCCUGGCUGCCGUGGGGAGCCUCUGACUUCUGAAUUCUUCAGCUGGAAAGCUGGCUCCUGUUUCUGGGUUCCUGCAUGCCCUAAACAUUCAAAGGAGCCCCCCUCUGGGGAGUUUCUGCAGCUGGACAUACGCCAGCCUGGGGGUGUAGUUCUCCCUUUUUCCAGGCUCCCUCCAGAACCCAUGAACAGUUUUCUUGGAGCACACCCCCCUCUUGGCUUGCAAGGGGAGCAAUCCCCAACUAGGACAGGAGGCAAGCCCCACGGUACACUCCCUCAAUAGACAGCUCUCCUUCGAUAAUUUCCCUCCCCCAAAGGAAGGAAUCUGUUAGGGUGUGUCUGGAAGCUCCUCCUUAGAAUUUGGGGUGUUUGGGAUUUAGCUAAAAUUUCCAGGCACGUGGGAAAAAAUCCCAUCCAUUCUCCUGUUACGCAUCUGUGAAUCAUAUGCUAUGUAUCCUGCUUUUUUCACUUGCUGGUAUUGUUGGAAGAUCAUUCCAUGUCAAAUAUUUAUAAUAUUUUAAGUUGAUUCAUAGCUUGGCAUGCUUUAAUUGUAUCAUAAUUUAUUAACCAAUCUCUUAUUUUUAAGCACUUAGGUAGCCUCCAAUUUUUAAAAAAAGACACCCUCAGAAUUCUUUAUGGAGUUUCUGUAAUUCUAGAGUUUUAGUGUCUCUGCAGAAUUCUUGGAUCAAACUCCAGUGUGUCUCUAUCCUGAGUAGGAACUUACCUAGGACCAACCUCGUGUCUAUUCAGGAGAGAUAGGUGUGGGGUCCAGUUGAUGCUUCCAGCCACAGUAAAUUUGCUCCUGAACCUUCGUGUUCCUGUUCCCUGGGAAAAUGAGGAAAGGAGGAGGAGGGCUCAGGAGAAGUCAUCAGAUCUUGUCCCAUAUUUGGUGUCUGCUUUUCCCAGACCAGCAAGGAAGGACCAUGUGCCAGGGGUCGUUAUCAUUCAGAGACGUGGCUGUGGGCUUCACCCGUAAGGAGUGGCAGCAGCUGGACCCUACACAGAGGACCCUGUACCGGGAUGUGAUGCUGGAGAACUACAGCCACCUGGUCUCCGUGGGCUGUCAGGUCACCAAACCAGCUGUGAUCUCCAGGUUGGAGCAGGGGCAAGAACCGUGGAUGAAGGAGGAAGAGAUCCUCAGAUGGAGCUUUCCAGAAGUUUUGCAAGUUGAUACCCAAGUAGACAGACAACGGGAACACCAAGACAAACUUUUGAAGCAAGUUGCACUCCUAGACAAGAAAAAAUUGACCCCAGAAGGGCACAACGAAUGUAACACAGUUGAAAAAAACACCUGUCCGAACACAAACGUUGUUUCUUCAGGACAACAGAUCCCUAAGUGCGAGUCGUGUGGAGCAGCCUUGCCGGGUAAUGCAGGCGUUACUCCUAACGCGUACCUUGCAAGAAGGAGAUUUGAAUAUGAUGCACAGGGGAACUUAUUUCUCUAUUCUAAGCUGGAAACUCCACAUUCUGGGGCACACCCACGUGAAUGUAACCAAUGUAGAAAUGCUUUAAGCCGUGACCAAUCCCUUAAUGCUGAUCAGAGAACCGACAGUAACGAGAAACCCCACAAAUGUACCAAAUGUGGGAAAGGCUUCUCCCAUAAAUCAGAACUCAUCACCCAUCAGAGAGUCCACAGGGAUGAGAAGUCCUCUGGAUGCAACGACCAGGGGGAUGGCCUGAGGGAGGAGAAGGUUUGCCUCAGCAAAAAACGUCCGGGAAAUCACACAGACGAGAAACCCGGUGGAAACGGCAAAUGUGGUAAAAAGCUCUCCCCAGAAACAAGCCUCUCCAUACCCGAGGCCAUUCUGGCUGGAGAGAAGCCUUAUAAGUGUUCAGACUGUGAGAAAAUCUUCUCCCACAAGUCACGUCUCAUUGAACACCACAGAUCCCACACAGGAGAGAAACCCUACGGCUGCGAAGAAUGUGGGAAAUCUUUCUCCCGGAAGUCAUGCCUCAUUAUCCACUACAGAAUCCACACAGGAGAGAAGCCCUAUGGCUGCAGCCAGUGUGGGAAAGCCUUCUUCCAGAAGUCACACCUCAUCCUUCACCAGAGGACUCACACCGGAGAGAAACCCUACGAGUGCAGCGAAUGUGGGAAGGCUUUCUCCCAAAACUCCUGCCUCAUCAUACACAAGAGAACCCAUAUGGGCAAGAAGCCCUAUGAAUGCUCUGACUGUGGGAAAACGUUCUCCCAGAAGGCGAACCUCAUCAGACACCACAGAAUUCACACCAGGGAGAAACUGUACGGAUAAAGUGACAGAGAAGGUUUUCAUCAGGAAUUCCCAACACAUCUAGUAAUGAAAACCCUGUGGAUUUUGUGAACGUGGAAAAUCCUUCAGCAAGAAGUCCAAUGCCACUGUGGGCCGACCUUUCUACCAAUUUGGAGAACUAGGAAAUGCUUAUUCUCUUAAAACUAAGGAUAGAAGGCUAAUGAUGCUCUAGAGGGAUCUAUUUUUAUAGGAUAAACUUAACUAUGAAGUGUAUCUGUGUCUACAUUAACUGUGGCUAUUGAGCUCUAAGUGAAUAAUUUAAACCAUUAAGACAACAGAUUGAAUAAGCCACAGAACAAUCCCAGGGGUAUGUGGGGACUAUGUUCCUGGAGAUGCUACAUAAACAGAAUUUUAUUUUACUUAUUUUUGAACUGCAUUUGUAGUUGAACAUAAUUGUGAACUUGUAGACACAGAUACCAUAAUAUGUAGGAUGACAUCUAUCAAGAGUUCCCACACUAAAUUACACCCUUUUGUCUUUAAUGUACGUUAUAACUGGGAUUUACUACUCAACCGGAAGUCCAUACACCGUACCACAUACCAUUUGGUUUUUUGUUUGCCGGCAGGUAUUACAGAGCCCCCCUGGAUCUGGAAACCAGCAAUUUCAUGACAUCCCCUGAUCUCUCUCCAUCAACUAGUUUAUAAGUCAUGUUAAAUGAGUAAGGUUGGGACUCCCUUUUCUGGCAGUAUAGUGGACCACCUAAAGUGAAAAACGUUCCACUGUAAACCACUUGAAAUGAUGGACAAUAACAGGUAACAUUCUUUUAAAUGCAUAAUUCAGCUUGCAAGAAAAUCAGUGAGGUUUCCAGGUGCCAGUUCCAGAGGGAACUGAAAAGUGUGUGAGUUGAUGCUGUAAGCUGCCCUGUAGGUUUGUUUACCCAGAAGCUUGGGUGUUAAAAGCUAUAGGCAGAAGGCUUGGCACUGAAAUACCUCAUAAAUUGAGAAAUUUCAAAAGCCUGUACAUACAGGGAAAGGAUGGACCAGAGAAAAACCUGCUCAUUUGCUCAGGAAGCUUGCCUGUCUCUCCCUGGGCUCUAGUAGCGAAGGAAUUUACCCUGAUGAUUCACAAGCCGUGACCUGCACCUCUUAUGAGUUAGAAUUGUGAAUUUGCCCUAUUCAUAUCCCGGUUGAAAAACUGAAUAAUUAACAUAGAAAUUUGUCCUGGUCUUUGAAACAACUUUACAGAAGCAAACACAAACUAUUCUUGGAGGAAGACACCCUCAACCUGUGUUUCUCAGGGUUCUGACAUACAAACCCAAGAUGAGUUCAUAAUCCAGAAUAAUAAAAUGUGAAGAACGUCAACAGACAUUUUAACAAAAUAAAAACCUCAAGCCUUUUAAGGUGAUAGAAAAAUCUGAAAUUCUGUAAAAAU